AUGGAUCCUGAUGUCAAUCAGUCCUCCUGGAUAAUUAUUCUCAACCAGAAUUUAGGGGAGGAUGCAGCUGUUCGGUUUUAUUUGCACCCAUUUCGCGCUUCAUCUGUAGCCACUUCACAUGUCAUCCACAGCCGCUUAACGCAACUUAUGAGCCUUCAUGUAUCGGGUGAAUUACCGUGGAGCAUGUUGUCUUGCUCUGACUAUCCCCGUCACAUGACGGACGAUUGCCCAGCAAGGAUUCAUCGGGGUCUCAGGCCGGUGCGCCGAGGGCCUAUUUGUACAAAUCUACAAUCACAGCUCCAAGGCAACGCCCCACAGCCUCCGAUGGAACCAAACGAAAUGAAGAGUCAGAAAGCAGGCAACCGAGCCAGUCGAAUGCCUCACCUAAACCAACUGGACAUGGUGCUCGUCUGUGGCGCGGUUGCUGUGGGACGAGGCCUAUGCAACAGCUUACAGAGUAGCCAAAACAUAAUGCGGACACAUUACCAUGACAACCGUGGUCCGAUGGCAAUCCCUCCUCCUGCGGUUGCUGAGCGUAUGAACAAUCCGAAGAACCCGGUGGUCUUUUUCGACAUCACAAUCGGCGGUCAGGAGAUAGGAAGGAUGCAAUUCGAGCUGUUUGCAGAUGUUGUCCCCAAGACAGCUGAAAAUUUUCGGUAG